AUGCCUUGGGGAAGCGCGGUGGCAUACACAGCGUCUAUGUUGUUCAAGAGGAGGAAUGCUUGCAGCGCCGGAUCAUGGAGCAACCAUUCUUCGAACACCGGAGCACGAAGUGUGGGCUUUCAACCACAACCUCCGUGGCAGGUGCUCGCCCGAAAUCCGUACCACCACCCGGUCUAUGUGAUUACCGGAGUUCCCACCGCAUCGCCAACGGCUCCUUCCCCGUCACCGGGCAAGACGAUGCAUGCCAAGAUCAUCUGGGCUUAUCGUUUCGUUCGCAGCAUCCGCCGGGCUGACUUGGCGUCCCCUGGACGAGGGGUAUGGGCGGACGGCGUUGAUGUCGACGAAGUGGCGGCCAAGUGGUCAGACAGCCAAGGCGACUCAAGCGAAGGCGACUCAAGUCAGUCUACCAGCGUUGCAGAGGAGAAGCCAGAGGAGCAGGACCCGCGCCCAGGGUACGGGAGGAAGGGGCUACCCGGUCUGCGCCCCUCGGUUGGGGGCAAAGGGCCGACCGGGGCUUGGUCGCAGGAGGCGCUGGAAGAGACCCUCCGCAGCGGCAACCCCAUGUACGACUACUUGGAACUGGUGCAGGCGGCGGUGGCAGGGGCCAAAAAACAGCGCAACGAGCAGGGGCUUGAGCUUGACGAUGAGGAAACCGAAUCUGGAGAGAGCGGUCAUUUUAGAGAUAGACGGCAGGUCGCAUCUCUCAUUUCUCUACAUCGUUGGUCAAGAAUUGCCGCUUUCCGACCGUCGAAGACGAAGCCUGCCACCGCUAUUGCAGCAACGACUUUCGUGCUCCCAGACAGAGUGAAGCCUCUGGGGCGGAUGAUGAAGCCCUGCGCAUCUGCUCUGUUAUCAGCUUGCUCGGCUCUGGGGAGUAGGAGGUUCCGACGACAUAGGGGACUGAAUAGUCCAGUCUACAGCAAAUACUGGACUACUGGCCCUGUGUUCUUGUUCCUGCGAGGCUUUCAGGGAGAGCGCUUAGCCCCAGAGCCGUGGCCGAGGUCCCCAGUGCCGCGAUUGCGGGGAGGUUGUGAAGGCGGAUCGGGGGGUGAAGAUGGUACCCAGUGCAGCACACCCUGUCCUCGAGUUGCUCAAAGUGUGAUUGGGCGGUGCAUUCAAAUCCAGGGCUUGCUCCAUCCUUUUUCGUGGGCUUCGACUCCGACGCCUGAGUCCAGCAUCUCCGUGUGCAAGUCACUGCGCUGUGCCACUGCCUCGGUUGGCGUUGGGAAAACUUGUCAUAUUCAUCACAAUCAUAAUCGGAUGUCAAACUCCUACAAAACCGAAGAGGGGGUGCGAGCUACGCUCUUUGAUGAGCUACAUGAGAAGUUCCACAUUGUUCUCCGGUAUAAGCAGCUUCGGCUGUCGAAGGAGUACCUUAACGCUGAUUUUCAAACUACAGAUCCAUCCAAAGCUAGCCUCCGAACAGGGCUCGUCGGGCGAGACCCGAGACAUGGUGCUGUGCUGCGGCGACGGUUGAGAGGGGUUCAGUGGAUCCUGGUUCCCGCCCCUGUCCUUCACAACUGGGUGCGCAUGUGGGACAUGUUUGUUGACGAAGAGAAUUCAGACAUGGAGCUCCACAUUGCCUACCAUACAAACUUCGGCACCGAACAUCCUCUUGUGAGCAAUGAGCAUCGCGGGCAGUUCCAGUGGGCCGACAUCGAGGAUUACCGUCGGACAGAGGCGGAGUACUUCGCGUGCGUCAAUCCCCGGCCCAUCGAAUGGAAAGAAUGGUACGAUGCUGCUCAGACCCAGCCUAAGCGGAACAGCAAGACGGGAGACAAGAUUGCCAUUGCCUAG